UGUAGGUCCGUGUAUCGCUUAGUCUAUGGUAGAGCUGCUGACAGGUCAGACCUACAGAGAGUCCAGACGGAGCUGAUCACCGGUCUGUUUGUUUAAACCUCUGCAGAUCUAACCCUGAAGCUGCUGAACUAUCCUCAUGGCUGUUGUCAGGUUCUACAGUCCUGAGGCGGUGAGGGGGCGGGCCUUACAGCGGGCAGCUAAGCUGAAUCCUCAGCUGUCAAUCAUCUCUGAGCUUUGCUACAAUGUAGAGCUGACAGGCUGUGAAGCUCUGAGUCCUGAACAGAAGCUGGUCCUGCUGUGGUUAUUGCAGCGCCCCCUUGAGGAUGACCCGCUGUCUGAGGAACCAAAGCUGACAGAGGGUGAGGGAGGGAUUCUGGUGGAGAUCGGGCCCAGGUUGAACUUCUCCACUGCCUGGUCCACAAACACCGUCUCCAUCUGCCACAGCGUGGGCCUACGUGACAUCACACGAGUCGAAUUGUCCCGCAGGUUCCUCAUCAAGACGAAGGAUGGUUCGAGUUUGAGCGAUGACGACGUAAAGCAGCUGACUGACUGUCUCCAUGACAACAUGACAGAGUGUAUCUACAAACAUCCCAUAACCUCCUUUGCUGUGGAAACCAAACCUCAGCAGGUGUUUGAGGUAGACAUUGUGGGGCGGGGCAGAGCAGCGCUGGAGACGGCGAAUGACGAGCUUGGUUUGGCCUUUGACUCCUGGGAUCUGGACUUUUACACUUCCAUGUUCCAGAAGAUUGGGAGAAACCCGACGAGUGUGGAGUGCUUUGACCUGGCCCAGUCCAACAGUGAGCACAGCCGUCACUGGUUCUUCAGAGGAGUGAUGGAGAUCGACGGUGAGGAGCAGCAGGAGACGCUGUUCAGCCUCAUCAUGAAGACACAACGACACAGCAACGACAACAACAUCAUCAAGUUCUGUGACAACAGCAGUGGUAUCCAGGGGAUGGAGCUGGAGUGUAUUUAUCCCGAGGAUCCGUCUCAGCCGAGUCCAUACGAGACCCGGCGGUCUCUAAGGCACGUCAUCUUCACAGCAGAGACUCACAACUUCCCCACAGGUGUGGCCCCGUUCAGCGGAGCGACCACGGGGACAGGAGGUCGUAUCAGGGACGUGCAGAGUGCAGGGAGGGGGGGGCAUGUCAUCGCUGGAACAGCAGGAUACUGCUUUGGAAACUUGCACAUUCCAGGUUACUCCCUUCCCUGGGAGUGUGACGGUGAUGGCUGGGAGUACCCUCCUAGCUUUGCCCCGCCCCUGCAGGUGGCCAUCGAAGCGAGUGAUGGAGCCUCUGACUAUGGCAACAAGUUUGGAGAACCUGUCCUAUCAGGAUUUGCUCGUUCUUUCGGGAUGCGGCUGCCUAACGGGGAGCGGCGAGAAUGGAUCAAACCAAUCAUGUUCAGCGGCGGUCUGGGCUCCAUAGAGGAUGCUCACAUAAAGAAAGCAGCCCCAGUGAUCGGUAUGGAGGUGGUGAAGAUCGGGGGGCCGGUGUACAGGAUUGGCGUUGGAGGAGGGGCUGCAUCCUCUGUGCAGGUUCAGGGGGAUAACUCCAGUGACAGAGACCUGGGGGCGGUGCAGAGAGGAGACGCUGAGAUGGAGCAGAAGAUGAACCGUGCUCUCAGGGCGUGCCUGGAGAGAGGAGGAGGGAACCUGAUCUGCAGCAUCCAUGACCAGGGGGCAGGGGGAAAUGGUAACGUACUGAAGGAGCUGAGUGAGCCUGCAGGAGCUGUGAUCUACUGCAGCAGAUUCAAGAAAGGUGACCCCACCCUCAGCGUGCUGGAGCUGUGGGGGGCGGAGUAUCAGGAGAGUAACGCUCUUUUGCUCCGCCCCUCAGACCGCGCUUUCCUGGAGCAGGUCUGUCGGAGAGAGAAGUGUCCCGUCGACUUUGUUGGAAACAUCACCGGAGAUGGAAAGAUCGUUCUGGUGGAUGAUGAGAAGGGCCUCAGUGAUGCAGCAGACAGGGGGCGCUGUCCCGUGGACCUGCAGCUGGAAUGGGUUUUGGGGAAGAUGCCUCAGAAACGGUUUAAGAUGCAGCGUUUGACACCCGUCUUUCAGCCGCUCGUACUUCCUGCUGGUUUGACGGUCAGAGACGCCCUGGAGCGAGUCCUCCGUCUGCCCGCCGUGGCGUCCAAACGCUACCUGACCAACAAGGUGGACCGGUCUGUGACAGGGCUGGUUGCCCAGCAACAAUGUGUAGGUCCUCUUCACACCCCGCUGGCUGAUGUUGCUGUGGUCGCUCUGUCCCCGUUCAGCCUCCAGGGGGCAGCGACCGCCAUCGGUGAGCAGCCAAUCAAAGGCCUGCUGAGCCCUGCUGCGGGGGCUCGCAUGGCGGUGGGCGAGGCUCUGACCAACCUGGUGUUUGCCAGAAUCACGGCACUGAAGGAUGUGAAGUGCAGCGGGAACUGGAUGUGGGCGGCUAAGCUGCAAGGUGAGGGAGCGUGUCUUUGGGACGCAUGCAGAGCCAUGUGUGAGGUCAUGGGUCAGCUUGGCGUGGCCAUCGACGGCGGGAAAGACUCUCUGAGUAUGGCGGCACGAGUUGGCAGUGAGACGGUCAAAGCUCCAGGUGCUCUGGUUAUUUCGACAUAUGCCGUUUGUCCUGACAUCACAGCCACAGUGACCCCUGACCUGGAGGACCCAGAUGAAGAAGGCGUCCUGCUGUGGGUGCCUCUGAGCCCCGGUCGGGCCCGGUUGGGGGGUUCAGCUCUGGCUCAGGUCUUCGGUCAGCUGGGCGACGUCUGUCCUGAUCUGGAUCAUCCUGAACUGUUGAUUUCCUGUUUCAACACCACACAGACGCUGAUUCAGGAACGUCUGCUGAGUGCGGGACAUGACAUCAGCGAUGGAGGACUCAUUUCCUGCCUGCUGGAGAUGGCGUUCGCAGGAAACAGAGGGAUCGACGUGGAGCUGGACUCAGACGGAGCAGAAGUGAUGGAGCUUCUGUUCAGCGAGGAGCUCGGUUUGGUUCUGGAGGUUUCUGGUCGUCACGUUCAGACCGUGUGUCAGAGAUUCGGUGACGGCGGUGUUCAGUGUCGUCGUGUCGGCAGAACGGUCGGCUUCGGACCAGACGCUGAGGUCAGAGUUCGUGUGGAUGGACAGGAAGUGCUGAAGGCGUCUCUACCCGAGCUCCGAGGAUUAUGGGAGGAGACCAGUUUCCAGCUGGAGUGCCUCCAGGCCAACGAGGCGUGUGUCAAACAGGAAGAGGCGGGGCUUGCCAAGAGGACACAGCCUUUCUUCAAAGUGUCGUUUGAGCCCUCGGAAACACUGAUCAUCAGUGAGCUGAGUGACCGUCCUCGGGUCGCCGUGAUCAGAGAGGAAGGAAGUAACGGAGACCGAGAGAUGAGUGUGUCUCUGCACAUGGCCGGAUUCCAGGUGUGGGAUGUGACCAUGCAGGAUCUGUGUUCUGGUUCUGUGACUCUGGACUCGUUCAAAGCGGUUGUGUUCGUUGGAGGUUUCAGCUACGCAGAUGUGCUGGGAUCAGCUAAAGGUUGGGCGGCAUCCGUUGCUUUUAAUUCCAAAGCGAAGGCAGAGUUUGAAACUUUCCGUCGCCGUAGCGACACUCUGAGUCUGGGCGUGUGUAACGGCUGCCAGCUGCUCGCCCUGCUGGGCUGGGUGGGCGAGAGAGAGGAGGGCUCAGAUGGGGAUGUCGUCCUGACUCAUAAUCAAUCCGGACGGUUUGAGUCCCGGUUUGUGAGCGUCGGGAUCCAGGAGUCUCCUUCAGUGUGGCUCAGAGGGAUGCAGGGCUCUGCUCUGGGAGUGUGGGUUGCACACGGAGAAGGUCUGAUGCAGUUCAGAAACCCCCAGGCUCAGGACCGGAUUGUAUCAGGUGGUCUGGCCCCCCUCCGUUACCUUGAUGAUCAGGGUCUUCCCACUGAGGAGUACCCUCUGAACCCCAACGGCUCCCCGCUGGGCAUAGCCGGGCUCUGCUCCAAGGACGGGAGACACCUUGCCAUGAUGCCGCACCCGGAGCGCUGCACCCUCAGCUGGCAGUGGCCCUGGGCCCCCAGGGACCUCAGAGCGUCCCUUACACUGUCGCCGUGGUUACGUAUGUUUGAGAACGCCGCGUCCUGGUGCAGAAAUACGCCCUGAGAGAGCGUGUGUAAUCCAGUGAGCGCUCAAUUCGGUUGUUUUAAUGACAGCAGAACUUCAUCAUGGCACUGUUUCUGAUAUGCACUGUGAGAAUGGGUUCUGUUACAUCCCUCUGCCUCUAAACUGCCUCCUACUGGUCAUCUUCAUUCUGCAGCUUGCAUGUGUGUCACAUUUGUUUUUGAGGAAGUGCACAGCCAACACAACUAACAUACAUCUUACAGCAGGCAUCAUUGGUACAUGUAGAUGUGGUAGUGUAUCUCCAGUGUAUUACUGUCUCUGUGCAGUAUUAUUGUAAUACUCUGUAGUUCUGUGUAAUAAAUCAG